CAGCCCGGUUGGGGCUGAAAAACCUUUCCCAGUAGGCAGACUCGUCAGUCAAACCUCUGCCUCCUGGGUAAAGUGCACCUCGACUGGAGGAGUGCGACCAGGACGCAUUCCCACAGCUGAGAAUGAGGCUGAUCCUCUGUGCCCUGCUAUGUGCAGGGACCCUAGGGCUAUGCCGGGCUGGUCCUGAGAAGACUGUACGGUGGUGUGUUGUAUCAGACCAUGAGGCCGCUAAGUGUUCCAGUUUCCAUGACAAUAUGAAAAAGGCCCUUCCUGCAGACGGCCCAUCUAUUACCUGUGUGAUGAAAACUUCUUACACUGACUGCAUCAGGGACAUAUUGGCCAACAAAGUCGAUGCUGUGACUAUUGAUGGAGCUUUGAUGGCUGAGGCUGACCUGCCCCACGACAGCCUGAAACCUAUUAUGGCAGAAUACUACGGAUCGAAGGAUGAUCCGAAAACCCACUAUUAUGCUGUGGCUGUGGUGAAGAAAGGAUCUGGCUUCCAACUGAACCAGCUCCAGGGCAAGAAGUCCUGCCACUCUGGCCUGGGCCGGUCUGCUGGGUGGUACGUGCCCCUCAGCCUACUGCUUCCUUCUGGCUCUCUGGGAACAGCAGCUGCCACGUUCUUCUCCAGCAGCUGUGUCCCCUGUGCGGAUAGAAAGGCAUUUCCCAGCCUGUGCCAACUGUGUGCGGGGAAGGGGACAGACAAGUGUGCCUGCUCCUCCCGUGAACCAUACUUCGGCGACUCUGGAGCAUUCAAAUGUCUGCAGGAUGGUGCGGGGGAUGUGAGCUUCAUGAAGCACCUGACACUGUUGGAGGUCCUGCCACAAAAGGCCAAUAGGGACCAGUAUGAGCUACUCUGCACUGACAACACCCGCAGGCCGGUGGAUGAAUACGAGCAGUGCUACCUGGCCCGGGUCCCUUCUCAUGUCGUUGUGGCUCGCAGUGUGGACGGAAAGGAGGACCUGAUUCAAGAGCUUCUCAGGGUGGCCCAGGAACAUUUUGGGAAAGGCAUGUCAUCGACAUUUUGGCUCUUCGGCUCCCCUCUUGGGAAAGACCUGCUGUUCACUGACACUGCUCGUGGACUUCUCAGGGUCCCUCCAAAGAUGGACAUCAACCUGUACCUGGGAUAUGAGUUUUUCUCUGACAUUCAGAAUCUAAAGAGAGGUUUGGGACACUCCCAGAGGGUGACGUGGUGUGCCGUGGGCCAAGAAGAGAGAGCCAAAUGUGACCAGUGGAGUGCUGUGAGUGGUGGCGCUUUGGCAUGUGCCACAGAGGGGACCCCUGAGGACUGCAUUGCUGCCAUCACGAAAGGAGAAGCAGACGCCAUGAGCCUGGAUGGAGGAUUCGCCUACAUCGCAGGCCACUGUGGUCUGGUGCCCAUCCUGGGCGAGAACUAUCUGUCUACACAUGGCAGUGGGAGGCUGGGAUCCAAGUGUGUGAAUGCACCUUUGGAAGGUUAUUAUGUUGUGGCCGUGGUUAAGAAAUCAGAUGUUGGCAUCACCUGGAACUCUCUGCAAGGCAAGAAGUCCUGCCACACGGCAGUUGGCACUUCGGCAGGCUGGAAUGUUCCCAUGAGCUUAAUAUACAACCAAACCGGGUCUUGCAACUUUGAUGUGUUCUUCAGUCACAGCUGUGCCCCAGGGUCUAACCCUGACUCCCGCCUCUGUGCUCUGUGUGCCGGUGGUAACAGCCCAGCCCACAUGUGUGCUGCCAACAGCCACGAGGGAUAUUAUGGCUCCAGCGGAGCUCUCAGGUGUCUGGUUGAGAAGGGGGACGUGGCCUUCUUGAAGCACCCCGUAGUUCUCCAAAACACUGAUGGAAAGAACCCCGAGGUUUGGGCUAAGGGUCUGAAACUCGAAGACUUUGAGCUGUUGUGCCUCGAUGGUACCAGGAAGCCUGUGACCGAAGCUCAGAACUGCCACCUGGCCAGAGUGCCAAACCACGCUGUGUUCUCCAGGAAAGAUAAGGCUGACUUCGUUCGCAGAAUAAUCAUCAACCAACAGGAGCUCUAUGGAAGAAAUGGAUUUGAGUAUAUGAUGUUCCAGCUGUUUGACUCCCCCUCCCCCGCUAAGGACCUGCUGUUCAGCGAUGACACAGAGUGCUUGUCUAACCUUCAGAACAAAACAACAUAUAAAACCUACCUAGGGCCACAGUAUCUUGCCUUGAUGGACAACUUUAGGCAGUGCUUGUCCUCUGGACUGCUGGAUGCCUGCACGUUUCAUAGACAUUAAACCCCAUUCAGCUGGGGUAAGACAGGGACAGGAGGCCCAGCUGUCUCCAUGAGGCCUUGUGCUGACAUCUUGAGAACUCAGUGCCAUAAUUGACCAAAUAAAAUAAAAUAAAAUGAGUAAAAAAAA